AUGCCCGCUAAAGUCGUCGCACUCGCUGGAGCCAGCGGCUAUGUCGGAAAAGCGUUUGUCGACGCGUUCCUCAAACUGAACGCGUUCCAAGUCCGCUUAUCGACACUGCACCCAUACCAAGACUACAAGAAACGUGGCGCUUCGUUGCACGCCAUCUCUUAUGAUGACGAAGCCAGUCUCGUCAAAGCACUGGAUGGUGUCGACGUAUUAGUUUCAAGCGUUGCAGCGACGGCCUUGACAUCCGCUCAGAUCCCUCUUGUUAAAGCAUCCAAGAAAGCAGGCGUCAAGGUUUUCUUCCCAAGUGAAUACGGCGGACACUUCCCUGAAGACACCCCUUCCCCUAUUCUCCGACAAAAGAAAGAGGUUGUGAAGAGUGCCCAAGAGCACGGGCUCCCUGUGGCCAUACUCAACAAUGGAGGGUUUCCUGAGUACAUAUCCAUUCCUCCCCUUGGUUUUGAAUUUGCUGAUAAGAAAGUCACAAUAUGGGGAGAGGGGAACACCAAGAUCUCAUGGACGACUGUAAAAUCAGUCGCAAACUGGCUUGCAAAUGUUCUCAAGUCUGUCCCAGUCUUGCAACUUCAGAAUAAGGACAUCUCAAUUGAAGGAAGCUCCUCAACAUUGAAUGAAAUAGAUAAGCUCCAGGUUCACCGGAGCUUGAAAGAACUAGACGAUCGCAUUGGUGCGGAUCCAAACGAUUUUCUUGCUAUUCUACUCCGUGGAUUCGACGCUGGUCAUGCAUGUGUUGGAGGAAAAGACAAUGUGCUUUACCCCAACUGGAAGCCUGACUCCGUAGAGAGUAUCCUUUAA